AUGGAUUCAUUACCUUCGUCGUACCGGCUGCUCGCAGCUCUGCCAGCGCGGUUAUGUUCACAACGACCUCUCCCCACACAACUACGAGCCGCACGACUCCCACCGCGAUGGCGAUUCACCGGUCAACUGCGAAGCAUCAGUCAAAGCGCUCCCAUGAUCGACCGCUCUAAAUCGAAGCUUUUCAAAGACGCAGAUGAAGCGGUCGCAGACGUACAACCGGGGUCCACAGUCUUGAGUGCGGGCUUUGGAUUAUGCGGUGUUGCAGACACGCUCAUCGGAGCGAUGAAGAAGCGCGGCCCGCAGUCGCUACACUCCUUGACAGCCGUCUCCAACAAUGCUGGAAUUGAGGACGUAGGAGGCUUAGCGCUACUUACGAAAAGUGGACAAGUCAAGAAGCUCAUCAUAAGCUUUCUGGGAAACAACAAGGCAUUGGAAAAGCAAUAUUUGGGCGGUGAUAUCGAGAUUGAACUAUGUCCACAGGGUACGCUUGCGGAGAGAAUAAGAGCUGGCGGUGCGGGCAUCCCAGCGUUCUACACGCCCACCGCUGUCAACACGUUACUACAAGAUGGAGAGAUCCCCGCAAAGUUCGAUAAAGACGGAAAGGCGGUGGGCUUUGGUCAGAAAAGGGAGGUCAGAGAGUUCAAUGGCAAGAAAUUUCUCAUGGAGACUGCAUUGACCGGCGAUGUUGCGAUAAUUCGAGCGCACAAGGCCGACGAGGCUGGCAACUGUGUCUUCAGGUAA